UAUCGCCUAUCAUCGGGCGGGCUCUUUAUCUCUGGUAUCAAUCGCUGCCGCUACUUCUUACCCACAGCUACAGCCACAGUUCGCACGCAUCGUUUUUCAGUUGGUCGUCGACGGCGUAGUCGAGCGUCCGUUCUCGAGAGACGAAUAUCCGAAAAAUGCUCCAAGUGGUAAAGCUACGGAGUUAAAAGUAAAAUUCCGUUGCAAUCCUGUACUGGUGCUGAGUGUUUGUGCAGAGCUUGGUUCAGCCACUGACUGGUCUUGGAGUUGUAAAGUCCACUUACUCGGUGAUCACGUAACACAGUGACUUCAACCGGAGCGCUUAUUUGUACAAGUGUCGUGAAGAGUAUUUCCUCGAAAGUAGUACAACGGCAGUGGCUCGAAAACAAACAAAUGUGGACUAACGGUCGAACCCGGUUCAUGAUCACCGUCUGUGUGCUUCUCAGCACUCUCAUCGGUACCAGCUUGUGUGAGGAAGCGGAUGCCCCGGCUGCUGCUGAGGAUGUGCGCCCCCAAACACAGUCACUCCCGGUUCCGGUGUCACAUCUGUGCAACUUCACGAAACCACUGCUCGAUCCAACGGAAACCGAGGACGAUGGUUACUGUAUCUGUAAUACGCACAACGGACAACCUUGGGGCAUUCCGGUGGUUGAGAUCAACUGUCGGAAUCGGCUGCUGACGCACCUCUUCGUUCCCGGCGUAGUGGAACAGCUGCCCCAGGGUACGGUCCGGUUAGACCUUUCACACCGGGAACUCACCGACGUACCGUGGUUGGCCGGUAGCUCGCUCCACUAUCUACAUCUCGACCACAACGCGAUAACGACGGUUCCCGAUAAGGUGUUUGCUAAUUUGAGUAGCCUGCUCGAGCUCGACCUAAGCCGGAACCGUAUCGAAGUGCUGAGCACCGAUGCGUUGGCCGGGCUGGCGAUGCUGAAACUGCUCGAUCUGAGCCACAACCACCUGCGAACGAUCGAACUGAACGCCUUCUCGGCUUCGAUCCAUCUGGAGCGUCUGGUGCUAUCGAACAACAGUGCGCUCGGUGAGUUCUUUAACCGUACCGGUGAAUCGGAUCUGUUUCUGCGGCUCGGUGUGACCACACGGCUUGCCACGAUCGAACUCGAGCGGUGUAAUCUCACCGACAUUAGCCUGACGAACGGAGCGGGACUCGAACGGGCACUGCUCGGUCACAAUCGAUUCCAGCAGUUGUCGCAGCUGCCGAAGCAACUGACCCACCUGGACGUAAGCGGUACACCGAUCCGCUCGUUGCCACCCAAGUUCCUGCCCUACCUGCUGCACCUCGAUACGCUCAUCAUGCAGGACAUGCCGGCGCUGAUUAUGCUCGAGGCGUACUCGCUGUACGGGUUGCCCCGGUUGACCUAUCUGAACCUGCAAGGUUCCCGUAACCUCACCACGGUCCAUGGUCAUCUUUUUGGACAGAAUGUGGUGCGCAACGAGACGACGGAUGCGGGGCUGAAGCGUCUCGUCCUUGCUGGGACGAGCAUCCGAACGCUGAACGAUUCGUUGCAGGUGGCCUUCGAGAGUUUGCGACUGUUGGAUCUGCGAGGUGCUCCGUUGUACUGCGACUGUAAGUUGCGGUGGUUGCGAGAGAUGCGCAAUCUUACCACGACCGGAAUGUGCCUGAAGCCGAGUUCGUUGCGCCGGGCACCGUUUGGAUUGGUGCAGCCUCAUCAGUUCGAGUGCCGAUCGGAACAGUCUUGGGUUUACACGGUGUUCAACGUGAUCUUGGCUGUGCUGCUGGUCGUGGGGGUUGGUGUUGGUAUCUAUCUGAUCGUGAGAGCGAUCCGACCGGGGCCACAGGUUGUGAUGCGCCGGGUAGGGGAAACGAGCCCCUAUGCUCGUGUCACGAUCGAGCCGAAUCAGGCCGAGAACCUCUAGUGUGGUUCUAGGACUAGUGGACUGUCAGAUCGUAAAUCCGGGAAGCAACCUGCUGAAUUCCCUUCAAUUUGAAGUACAGAUAGGAUUACAGAUCGCUAGGUAACGUAAAAUACUGUUUGUUCGAAUCAGUGCCAUUAGAAAAAAAGUAUUUUUGACUUAAGAAACAAGCAAAUAGGUUUCGAAAAACUAAUAGGCAGGGCAUAGGGUAAGAGAUGUAACCGAUCGUUAGGGGCGUAUUAUUAAAAACUCAUUUUGAUCAUUACUUCCGAUCAUCCAAUCAAUUUGAAGUGUCAACUGUGUACAAUCCAUUUCAUGCACUGAUCGAAUGUAUCCUUAGUUCCUGUGUCAACAAUUACUCAACGUUAAAGUAAGCUAACUCAUAUCCUUACAACCAUCCUUACCAAGACCAUUAUGUUAAGCGCUAGACUAGAGAGACCAGAAGCAGGGUUGUGACAGAACAUGUAAAGAAAAUACUAAGCAAACAUGUUAACAGAUUCAUAUUGUCAAAAGUAGUAAAAUAAAGAUUUUUAUAAAUA